UGGUCGUAAAUACAAAGGUUGGCGUCCUCCGCGUGUUGGUACAGUCGGAAGAAGAUCCUGGCCUUCGCGGACCAGCGGUCAAAUUUCCCGGGCGGGAGCGCGGGGCCUACCGGGAAAGCACUGGACAGUUGUCACCUGGCUGGUGGCUGCCGUAGUGGGCAUCGAGAUGCAAAGCACAGACCUGGGCAAUAAGGAAAGCGGCAAGAUAUGGCACCGCAAACCAUCCCCGGCCACUCGGGAAGGAAUUAUAGUGAAUAUCAUUCACACCACUUCUGAUUACCUUCCCAAAGUUUUGCGAUUUUUGAAUGUGGCUUUUGAUAGCUCAGGUGAUUGCUUAAUCGCUGGGGACCAUCAAGGAAAUAUCUAUGUUUUCGACUUGUCCGGAAAUAGGUUCAAUCUUGUUCAGCGAACAGCACAAGCCUGCACAGCGCUGGCCUUUAAUCUUCACAGGAAGUCUGAAUUCCUUGUGGCGUUAGCUGAUUAUUCUAUUAAAUGUUUCGAUACAGUCACCAAGGAGCUGGUUAGCUGGAUGAGAGGACACGAGUCGGCAGUGUCUUCGAUCUCCGUGCACGCCUCGGGGAGGUACGCCAUCACCACUUCGUCUGACACGGCACAGCUCUGGGACUUGGACACCUUUCAGAGGAAGAGAAAGCUGAAUAUCCUCCAGUCUGUGGGCAUACAGAAGGUUUUCUUUCUGCCGUUAAGCAAUACCAUCCUCAGCUGUUUUAGAGAUAAUUCCAUCUUUGCCUGGGAGUGUGAUACUCUUUGUUGCAAAUACCAGUUGCCAGCUCAGCCUGAAAGCUCUAGUAUAUCAUACAAAGUGUUUGCUGUGACCAGAGAUGGCCGAGUCCUGGCUGCUGGCGGCAAGUCAAACCACCUUCAUCUGUGGUGCCUAGAAGCUAAACAGCUCCUUAGAGUCAUCCAGAUGCCGGCUAAAGUUCGAGCCGUUCGCCACCUGGAAUUUCUUCCUGAUAGUUUUGAUGCCGGCUCUAAUCAGGUUCUUGGCGUUCUAAGUCAAGAUGGUAUCAUGAGAUUUAUCAAUAUACAGACCUGUAAACUUCUCUUUGAAGUCGGGAGCCUUGAUGAAGGAAUUAGCUCAUCAGUGAUUAGCCCACACGGACGGUACAUUGCCUCUGUUAUGGAAAAUGGAAGUCUGAACAUUUAUUCAGUCCAGGCUUUAACGCAAGAAAUAAAUAAGCCACCCCCACCUUUAGUGAAGGUGAUCGAAGACUUGCCCAAGAGCAAGCUGACGCCUGGUGACCUGAAGAUGAAAGUGACAUCGGGAAGAGCGCGGCGGCCGGCAAGAUCUCGGGAGAACCAAGUGCAAACUAGAAUAUUAAAACGUGACCUGGCUGACGGGUUUGAGAAUAAAGAGAAUGAAUUGUCAGGUGGAUUAAACAAGAAGCGUUUACAGAUCUUAUUAAAAGGCUACGGGGAGUACCCAGCAAAGUACAGAAUGUUCAUCUGGCGUUCUCUGCUGCAGUUGCCUGAAAAUCACACUGCGUUCAGCAGCCUGGUAGAUAAAGGCGUCCACACGGCAUUUCUCAACCUUCAGAAGAAAUACCCCAUCAGAAGUAGGAAGCUACUCCGCGUGUUGCAGAGGACCCUGUCUGCACUGGCUCACUGGUCUGCCAUCUUCAGCGAGACUCCCUAUCUUCCCCUGCUGGCGUUUCCGUUUGUGAAAUUAUUCCAGAACAACCAGCUCGUCUGUUUUGAAGUUGUAGCUACUCUCAUAAUCAAUUGGUGUCAACACUGGUUUGAAUAUUUCCCUAACCCUCCCAUCAACAUUCUCGCCAUGAUAGAGAACGUUCUCGCGUUUCACGACCAGGAGCUGCUCCGGCACUUCAUCGACCACGACGUGACCUCCCAGCUGUACGCGUGGCCUCUGCUGGAGACGCUGUUCUCAGAAGUGCUGACGAGGGAGGAGUGGCUGAAACUGUUCGAUAACGUCUUUUCCAACCACCCGUCGUUCCUCCUGAUGACCGUGGUGGCCUACAACAUUUGCUCCAGGGGUCCUUUGCUCCACUGUAAUCUCAGAGAUGACUUUGAGUACUUUUUUCACCAUCGGAAUAACCUGGAUGUAAGUGUUGUAAUCAGAGAAGUUUAUCACCUGAUGGACACCACGCCUCCUGAUGUCCACCCAGAGAGGACACUCGGUGUUUUUGUGGCGCUGACCAAAGGGCAGUAUCCAGUGUUCAAUCAGUAUCCGAAGUUCAUUGUGGACUAUCAGACGCAGGAACGGGAGAGGAUUAGGAAUGAUGAACUGGAUUACUUAAGAGAGAGGCAAGCAGUUGAGAAUAUGCAAGCUGAAGUGGACCAGCAGAGAGUUGAAGACGAAGCCUGGUGCCAAAAGCAGGAGCUGCUUCGCAAAGCUGAGGAAACGAGGAGAGAGAUGCUCUUACAAGAGGAGGAGAAGAUGAUGCAGCAGAGACAGAAACUCGCUGCUGUGAGAAGGGAGCUGAAAGUGAAGGAAAUGCACCUACAAGACACUGCGAGAAGGCGUUUUCUGAAGCUUCAGCAAGAUCAGCAGGAAAUGGAACUGAGAAGACUGAAUGAUGAAAUUGAGAGAAAGGUAUAUAUGAGAGAUCGAGAAAUUGCUACCACAGCCAGAGACCUAGAAAUGAGACACCUGGAACUCGAAUCACAAAAAAGACUUUACGAGAAGAAUCUUACUAGAAAUCAAGGAACCAUUGCAAAAGAAAUGAGAGAAGACGCAGACGCCUAUAGACGAAAGGUGGAUCGUGAAGAACGCUUGUUUCGUAGACUGAUAGAAACAGACCAGAUGCAGAACCAAGACACUCAGAAGUUAAUUAAAGAAAACUUGGCAAAAGCUGAACAAGCGUGUCUAAACACUGACUGGCGGAUUCAAGCUUUGCAUAAACAAAGACAGGAUGAUCUGCAGCGAAAUGAAUGUUACCAGGAAAUGGCCAAACUCCUUCGGAAAAACAGGAGGAAAGAAACAGAAGUAUUAAAUGCAAUGCUGGGGAAGGAAGUCAAAAAGUGGGAGGAGGCUGCAGAGAAGGACUUUCGGUUGAACUUAGAAAGGGAAGCGUCCGCUCUCUCCGAUGCAUCCAGACGGUCGUUUCUGGAGCAGGAGAUACACGAUGCCCUAGAGCACGCUGCCCAGCCCCGUGACGCAGUUUCUCUGAACCAAAGACAAGCCCAGUGUCCACACGCGGCGGACCCGGAUCUGCUGGAGAGAGUGAGGACCCUGCGCCGGAGGCUCGCCGCCCGGGCUCGCGGCAGGUGCCAGACGCCGCCGCCUCUCGUGGCCACGUAGGUCACCGAGGGCGAGUCAAAGAGAGAGAAAUACCUCUUUUGCGAUCAGUGACACUGAUUUUUAGAUUAUUUAUUUUAAAUUCCUGUAAAAAUCAACCUUUUGUAUAGAAAACUGUGUAUGAAAAUUAUGUGUUCCAUUAAAUUCUUAUGUUUUGGCUUGGAAGUGGCUUCUGGUACUUCUCACAAUGAACAAAAUUUUGCUUGUGUUAGGCUCGUUCAGGUUGUGAGAACCAGCCUAAACCUCCGUCACUUUAGUUGAUGGGGUUAAUUUUUAAGAUAAAACAGGAAGAGCAGGAAACCAUCUCAACAGCUAUCCGGCCAGGACCAACAAUGAAGUGACCUGGCAGUGACUAGCGCACCCACGGUGUCCCACGGUGUCCCACGGUGUGGAGUGGCUGAAACUGCAGCCCUCUGUGCCCCCACCCCUCCCCCGCCCCCAAAGCAGCAUCUCCUCUUCGGAGCUCGGUGGGAUCACGCUCGAACACCAUGCUCCCAACAUCAGCAUGUGCCUACGUCUCCUGAGCACUGCUCCUCUCCGCUCUCCCGGCCUUAGCGCAGACCCAGUCUGCCCCGUCACCCUGGGCGGAGUAGUAGUUCUCUGAACUCAUUUCCAAAAGGGGGGUGGAAGUCACACAUGGCCUCGAUAAUGAGUAUUAAAUAAGAUAAUGGACAUAAAGUACCUGGACAGUGCUUGACAUAGAGCAGUGUGCAAUACGUAGUAGGAAUUCUUUUUUCUGGUGGUCACCAAAUGCCAUCUUUGGUAAACCAAAUAUUUUCAAUAAGCGGACUGCUCUUUUUGUCCAGCAGUCAAAGUUCUGAGGUGUCACCAAGCAAGACAUCGGUUUCCCAAGAGCACUUUCCUCAGCUUCACUUUUCGCUCGUGUUCAGGCAGUUCUGCCCAUGCCUUCACAGGGCAGGCUGGUAUGAUUGGGGGCAGGAGGUCACCGGAUGUAAAAAUAUGUAAGGUGUGAUGGGAACUUCGGUCAGCUAGAACUUGCUCACCUAAAGGCAUUCAAAUUCUAACAUGUAAUUAAUUCUCAGGGAUGUAAAGAACAGCGUAAGGAAGAUAGUUGAUAUUAUAAUAACUGUAUGGUGCCAGGUGGGCACUAGACUUAUUGGGGGGGAUCACUUUGUAAAGUAUAUGAUUGUCUAAC